CUCAAAGCAAAAGUAAACUCAAAUUAAGAAAGUUUUUAUUUGGACAAUUCCUCAAACAAUCCAAAAAUACAAAUAAUUUUAAAUCCAAAAGUUCUCUACAAGUCACUAAAUAGACUUUGUUGAUCAAAAGGGCCCCAUUUCAUCCCUAAAUACACUAAUUUUUCAAAAUCCCCAAAUGCAAAAUAAUAAUAAAAAAAUCCCCAAAUGUAAAAAAAUUCCCGCAAAGCAUAGUUAUACCCUCAUCAAAGAACCCUAAUUUUCCCGGGAAAAAUUAACAGUCAGUCGACAAAUUGCAUAGGUGAAAAUUCCAUUUUUCUUCCCUGUAUUUUCUUUUCUCUUACCAACUCUUCCUCACAUGGUGUAGAUCUUGUUUUCUUCCCUUAAAUCCCCAUCUAAUUUCCUUCUAUCAAUCUAAAUCUACAUCUUUUUUUUUUUCAUCAAUGGAGGAAGAUCUCAAUUCUUCUCCUCCAUUACAAUCUUCAAAAUCAUCAUUUCUUAUCAAUUACCCAUCAAAAAUUGCUCGUCCUUCCCUUAAUUUUGAUAAAAUUGAUGAGGGUCCCGCUACUCCAUCUAAAAUCAUCGAUCGUAUGAUCAAUUCUCAUCACUAUCCAUCUCCUUCAAGAACAAUUUUGAGUGAUAGAUUUAUUCCUUCUAGAAGUUCUUCUAAUUUUUCUCUUUUCAAUGUUAGUCCUUCUCAUUCUUCUCCUAAGAGUAUUAAGCAAUCCGAUGGGGUUCGGGAAGAUUCUAAUAGUACUUAUACCACCCUUCUUCGGGCCGCCCUUUUUGGGCCUGAUGCUGGGUGUUUCUUCCCGGGUACGCCUGACAAAGGCCCACCUAAUCGAAAUAUUUUCCGGUUUAAAUCCGAAACAAAACGGGCAUUGCCGUCGUUGAUGCCUUUUGGUCCCGAUGAUGCUCUUCCGGGUGUUAGUUAUAGCCCGGUUAAGACUCCAAGGAAAGUACCCAGAUCACCGUAUAAGGUAUUGGAUGCCCCAGCAUUGCAGGAUGAUUUUUAUUUGAACUUGGUAGAUUGGUCUUCACACAAUGUACUUGCUGUGGGAUUAGGCAAUUGUGUUUAUUUGUGGAACGCUUGCAGUAGCAAGGUGACUAAAUUGUGUGAUUUGGGGAUUGAUGACAGUGUUUGUUCCGUUGGAUGGGCUCAACGAGGGACUCAUCUGGCUGUUGGUUCAAACAAUGGAAAAGUCCAUAUUUGGGAUGCUUCACGCUGUAAAAGGGUUCGAACUAUGGAGGGUCAUCGAUUCCGUGUGGGUGCAUUGGCAUGGAGUUCAUCUGUAUUGUCUUCUGGUAGCCGAGAUAAGAAUAUAUUCCUUAGGGAUAUACGAGCUCAGGAUGAUUAUGUCAGCAAAUUAACUGGACACAAGUCAGAGGUUUGUGGCCUCAAGUGGUCAUAUGACAAUCGUGAGCUAGCAUCAGGAGGGAAUGACAACAGACUAUUUGUGUGGAACCAACAUUCAACUCAACCUGUAUUAAAGUACUCAGAGCAUACAGCGGCGGUAAAAGCAAUUGCUUGGUCUCCCCAUCUACACGGGCUUCUGGCGUCCGGAGGUGGUACUGCCGAUCGAUGCAUCCGUUUUUGGAAUACAACUACUAAUUCACAGUUGGGAUGCAUGGACACUGGUAGUCAGGUUUGCAAUCUUGCUUGGUCAAAAAAUGUAAAUGAACUUGUCAGCACCCAUGGAUACUCCCAAAAUCAAAUAAUUGUUUGGAAAUAUCCUAGCAUGUCCAAGUUAGCAACUCUUACUGGACAUUCAUAUAGGGUUCUCUAUCUUGCAGUUUCACCAGAUGGACAGACCAUUGUAACUGGAGCAGGAGAUGAAACACUUAGAUUUUGGAAUGUCUUCCCUUCUUCAAAGUCUCAGAACACCGACAGUGAGCUUGGAUUUCUUUCACUUGGAAGAGCUCAAAUCCGGUGACAUCUACACAUUUUUCUUCUUUUCGUUGAAAGUGAAAACAAUGUAUUUAAUAAGCAACAAAAGUUCACUCAUCUCUUGAAGUCUCAAUACGAGGUUCCACGAGAAACGGAGAGUGACGACAAAAUUGUCCACCUCCGGCAAGCCUUACAACAUACUUGGAAGCUUGCUAGACCGACUGCCAUACUCAUCUCACAUCUCGAGCAAGUGGGGACUAAGAAUUUUUGUACCAUAGUUUGGGGAAAUCGCUAUUAUAUGUUGUUUAGUUACAUGUAUAGAAAUCGGAGUUACGGAGUUACACCCUUGCUAACUCCAUUGCUACAGAAUACAGAAAAAUAAACUGUUUAUAGCGGCACAAAUUGCUGUAGCCUGUAGAUCACGGUGUUAGUUAUUCAAUUGUUUUUGUAAAUAGAACGAUCAUCCCUCUUCUAUCUUUGUUCUCAUUUUCUCGUUA